AUGACGCCUGUCCCUUUGCCUUUUCCCCUUUCUCAUGGAACCACCACCUUGGCUUUCAUUUUUCAGGGCGGUAUGUUGGCUGCAGCAGACACCCGUUCCAGUUGCUCUGGGCUUGUGGCAUGCCCAUCCUCCCAGAAGAUCCUGCCCAUUCACAGUCACUUGGUGAGCACUACCUCGGGUACCUCAGCCGACUGUGCUCUUUGGAAACGGAUUCUGUCUCGAGAAUUGCGGCUUUACCAACUCCGCCACGGCCGCCGGCUGUCAACAAGUGGAGCAGCCAAACUGCUUUCACACAUGCUUCACCCAUUCAAGGGAACAAAAGUGUGUGUGGCUGCCAUGUUGUGUGGGUGGGAUGGAGAGAAAAUAAGUUUCUCUGGACCCAGUCUGUUUUAUGUGUGUAGUGACGGUACUCGACUGCAGGGAACACUCUUUUCUGUGGGCUCAGGAUCACCCUAUGCCUACUCAAUUUUGGACCAAGGAGUUAAAUGGGGACUGACACUGGACGAGGCCACAUCAAUAGCCAGAGAGGCUGUGUACAGAGCUACACACAGGGAUGCAUACUCAGGAAACCAUGUGGACAUCUAUCACAUCUCCUCAAAAGGAUGGACUCGCAGGAACAGAGAGGAUUUGAAAGAGGAAUAUUACAGAGAAAAGGAAAGACAAGAGAAAAGUAUGAGAAAGGACAUUACUGUGUCUAAGUAA